UGAAUUUACUUAUUUAUCUCCUUGUAAUUUUUGACGAAAGAAGAUUCAAGCCAAAACAUACGAACGGAGGAACGGGAAAAAAGUUUCGAAAAAAGUUAAAUUAGCAUCACAUUUCAUUUGUUUUUCGUAUCGUAUGUGAGUGAAUUUUUAAUGAGAUCGACAGUAUGAGCAGCAUACCGACCGGAAAUACGCAAGUCAAGGCUUCAGCUUUAACAAAACUUGAUACCACAAGUGCAAAUAUUGAUCGAGUGAAGAACUUACUUUAUCCUGAGAAGUCUAUUGCAUAUUCGUAUACAAACCCGAUUACAAUCAAUACUGCCAAGCAAAGUAUUUCAUCCAAUAAAAUCAGCGUUGAUGGAAAAGUUGUUGACAUCAAUAUUUUAACCAAACUGCAGCAACAAAAUGGCGGAAACAUUGUUUCCUUCACUGCUUCAAAAGAGUUUUUAUCAAAUAUAGCUUCAGCUAAGUUCAAUGUCAGUAAGUCAGUUGCCACUUCAAAAAAACAAGAGAUGUCAUUGUUUAAAAUGGCCAAGCAACCCCAACCUGUCCAAACAUCAACAAAAAAAUCGCAAGAGAAAAUGCUACUCCCAAAGAUGCCAGCAAAUGGCUAUACUCCCAAGUCCAGCAUUGAAGUAAAAAAGUUUGCGCCGGAAAUAAAGGGAUUAUUAACAGGACUGUCAACAGCUUUUAAGACUGCAACGCCAACAUCUAGCCUAUCAGGUGCAUCAUUUCAAUUAUUAAAAACAACUAGUGUCGUUCCAGCUUCAUUUCAACAAACAAAGGCAGGAAGUGUUCUGUUUGCACUAAAAGCAUCAGAAAAAGCCUUAACAGCAAAGCCAGUUACUAUAGUGUCUGCAAGCACAUUGAAUCCAUUGCCUGCCAUUUCAACUUUCAAAGCUAACAUGACAACGAGGACAGUUAUUAAGCCUGUUAACCAGCAUACAAUAAUAACCAAGCCUGUCAUACAACCAACUAGAUCGAAUAAAGUUCCACCAAGUACAGCAACAACAAGUAGUAGUUAUUAUGAAAAGGCUUCAUCAAUAUCAGCUAGUAUGGAGACAGGACGGAUGAAUUUAUUCCGAAAAAAUUUAAACAUCAAAACAGAGAUUAAUCUAAAGGGCACUAGCAACUUGGCCAGUGUUAGGAUUAAUACAAAAGGACCAACGGCGGAUGUGCGCAAGACCUUAAAUGCUAUCAUCAGUGAGACUAACAGAACAGAAUGUACCACAAAAAAAGUAGCAGAAAAAACACCUUUUCAAAUGCAUAACAUUCUAAAUCUGGAUUCAAAAACAAGAAAUGCAACAAGCUUAAAAGGAGGUGUUACAAUUUUGGCCACAGAAACUGCGAAAUCAUUUAUGUACCAAACAGACUCGACAAAACUAAAUAAAACGGACCAUCGCCACGAGAAAGAAAACAAGGGAAUGAUUUCUGGAUUUUCAGAAUUGUACGAAAGAGCCGUUCAGAAUGUCUUGAACAUAAAAUCUUUUACCGAAGAUUUAUCAUCAGCGGAAGGACGAGCUAACGGCGUAAAAGAUUUCGAAAAGGAAUUUCAAACAUACCUAGAUAAACCCAUGGAUAUUGACAAGAAAAUAAAGCACCAUCUGUUAGACUUUAGUGAGAUUAACUCCAUCCCGUCCGCUGGGGCACCGGCUGCUAAAAAACAAAAACUAGAUGAGAAAAGCAGCGACUUAUUAUUAAAAAAAUCGGAUAAAAAAAAUUCACCAAAAAUCUUAACCAGUGACAUUUUUGAUUUUAGGACAGAUAUAAAUGAAGAAAAGACUAGUUCAAGAUAUACAUAUAAAAGUCCUGAUGCGGAAAAUAUGAUUUUUUUUUCUCAAUUUCUUUCCGAGCAACCAUCGCCUUCGAGAAACCAAACUUCUCGAUCCUCUUAUUCAUACGCAGACUUCCCCUGGCUGUACCCGCAAUAUAUAUACGAGCGCUACUACCAACACCAUCCUACAUAUUAUCCUUAUUGCGGAGAUUACCAACAAGAAGCAAUUGUUGGAAAAUAUGAAAACCCAUAUACACAUGGCGGAAAUGAUAAAUUCAUUAGAAACAAAGAACAUUACAGAAUGAAAUUGAACACGGUCAAAAAAUCGAACGCAGACAGUGAGGAAUUGAAUGUCUUUUCUACGGUAGGCGAUGACGAAUUGAAAAAGAUCUAUAAAAAUAAAAAAACAGCGGACAAGAUUAAGCCACCCACAGUAAGAUCGAAUUCAGCGCAAGAAAAGAAAUCCAAAUUAAAAGAAAGUUUAAAAUAUAGACCAUAUACCCUGAGACAACGGGCACUGAUCUUAAAAAAGGAGAGUAAAUUAGGCAGACUGAAGCCACCAGAACAACCAAAGUUUAUUUUGAAAGAGCUGAAGGGGAAAUCUGUGACUAAGAAAGAGCUCUUUCUUGGUUGGCUAGGCUUGCGAAGAAUUUUAAAACGACUUGACAAGAAGGAAAAAGAUGUCAAGUAAAAAGAAAAUUGUUAUUAUGAAGUUGUUAAAUAACAUGGCUAAUUCUUCAACAUGAUAAAAGAAAAUAUGUGGUUCGCUCAACUUUCACAGAACUAUCGGGGUAACAUACUUGUCAGUACAUCCUCUUCGAUCCGCUUCUAGCUUUUUUGCAUAUAAAAUACCUCCUCUUAAUAGUACGUUCUAGUUCUCUAUGUUUGUCAUCAUCCCAUCGUAUCAAUAAGUUGCUUAAAUUAGAUAAAAUUUAUAAUCCAGUUUUUUGUUAUGUUUUAUCUAGUCUCUCGCUUAUUUAUUUUGUAUAUAGUAAAUUUAAUUCUUCAAAAUUAGUUUUAAAAA